AAGCCAAUCACUUUAUCAACUUGGGUAUGGUUCCAAGAUUAAUGGUUAAUGAUGGUAGAUAUUUUGUACUCUUACAUGGGCUUUCUGCAACAACGCACCUUGGUUUCUUGCUUUUUGUAUCCAUAAGUUGGCUCUGCAAAAAAGUUAGAUUCAAAGGCCAAGGUCUUAAACAGAUGUCGAAUAAUGGGGUCUUGUUUUACAAACAGACCUUCUUUUCAUGUGUGUUUCUUGUGCUUCUUGACCUUGUUAUGUGUUUCUUGAACCUUUUUUAUUGGUUUAGAUAUGGCUGGACUGAUGAAAACAUUAUUACCUUUUCAGAUACCCUUCUUAGAACCUUUGUUUGGCUAUUUGUUUCGGUUUACCUGUAUACACACAUCUCUAACUCGAAAGAGUCCAAGUAUCCCAUUGUAUUAAGGGUUUGGUGGGUUUGUUUCUCCUUAAUGUCUUGUUUUUGCCUUGUCUCAGACUAUGUUUUUUAUAAACAUGAUCAGUAUUUAGCAGCUCAAUUCUUGGUCUUUGAUGUUUCUUCUAUUUUUGUCAGUCUAUUCUUGGGUUAUGUCGGGUUUUCGGGUAAGAAUGAUGGUGGAACUAUAAGCCAUUUUUAUCAAGAACCACUGCUAGGUGUUAAUCAUAGAGAGUCCAAACUUGGUUGUGAAACUAUUACUGCUUUGGCGACCAGCAAUAUAUUUAGUCUUCUUACUUUCUCUUGGAUCCAUCCUUUGAUAUCUGUAGGAUUUAAGAAACCAUUAAAUCUUGAGGAUGUUCCACAACUUGAUAGUGGAAAUAGUGCUAAAAGUGCCUUUUCAAUCUUAAGAAAUAAACUAGAGCGGGAUAAAGGUAAAAGUAGUCAAAUAAAUACUUAUAGUCUAGUCAAGGCUGUGAUUAUGACGACAUGGAAAGACAUAAUAAUCACAGCUCUCCUUUCUCUUGUGUUCACUAUUGCUUCGUAUGUCGGGCCAUUUCUUAUAGAUACAUUUGUGGAAUAUCUAAGUGGACGUCGAGAUUUAAAUAAAGGUCUUCUUCUAGCUUCUGCAUUCUUCGGUGCUAAGAUUGUAGAAUGCUUGUCGCAAAGACACUGUGAAUUUAAGCUGCAACAAACUGGAAUUAGGGCCAGAGCUGCUCUUGUUGCAAUGAUCUACCACAAAGGUUUGACCCUUUCAUCUCAAUCAAAGCAGGGACACUCGAAUGGUGAAAUUAUCAAUUUCAUGGCUGUUGAUGCUGAAAGAAUCGGAGAUUUUAGCAAGUGCAUGCACAAUCCCUGGCUUGUCAUUGUGCAAAUUGGCCUGGCACUAGCAAUAUUGUAUAGAAGUCUCGGGUUUUCUUCGCUGGCUACCUUUGUUACAACAAUAAUCGUCAUGCUUUCUAAUAUUCCUUUAGGGAAUUUUCAGGAGAAAUUUCAAGGGAAGUUAAUGAUAUAUAAAGAUAAAAGGAUGAAAACAACUUCUGAAAUUUUGAAGAACAUGAGAAUUCUCAAGCUUUAUGGCUGGGAGAUGAAGUUUUUGUCUAGAAUUGUUGAUAUCAGGAGCGAUGAGGCACACUGGUUGUAUAAAUAUAUGUUUACUAUGGCCAUGACGAGUUUCGCAUUUUGGGUUGCUCCUACAUUUGUGGCCAUAGCCACUUUUGGUACAUGUAUACUUGUUGGUGCCCCGCUUGACUCAGGGAGAAUGUUGUCUGCACUGGCAACAUUUAAGAUUCUCCAAGACAAUGUGUAUAAUCUUCCUGACACGGUAUCAAUGAUAGCACAGACUAAAGUUUCACUUGAUCGAAUUGCAUCAUUCCUUCGCCUUGAAGACUUAGAUUCUGAUCUGGUAGAAAUUGUCCCAAGAAGUAGUUGUGACGUUGCUGUUCAGGUAAGUCACGGGAAUUUCUCAUGGGAUGUAACAUCUUCUAGACCAACAUUGAUCGAUAUGAAUUUUAGAGUCAAGCAUGGCAUGAAGGUUGCAGUGUGUGGCACUGUUGGAUCAGGAAAGUCAAGCUUACUGUCAUGUAUUUUAGGAGAAUUGCCUAUGUUAUCAGGAAAAGUCAAACUCAGUGGCACAAAGGCUUAUGUUGGUCAAUCUCCAUGGAUACAGAGUGGAACGAUAGAAGAGAAUAUCUUGUUUGGUACAGAGAUGGACAGGGAAAGGUACAAUAAGGUUCUUGAAGUGUGUGCCUUGAAGAAAGACCUUGAAGUUCUCUCAUUUGGGGAUCAAACAGUUAUAGGGGAGAGGGGAAUAAAUCUAAGUGGGGGCCAGAAACAGAGAGUACAGAUAGCACGUGCUCUGUAUCAAGAUUCUGAUAUAUAUCUAUUUGAUGAUCCAUUCAGUGCUGUUGAUGCUAUUACUGCAAGCCACCUAUUCAAAGAAUGUAUAAUGGAUUUUCUGGAAUCAAAAACAGUGAUUUAUGUCACGCAUCAGGUGGAGUUUUUACCUACUGCAGAUCUCAUCCUGGUCUUAAAGGAUGGAAAAAUUACACAAGCUGGAAUUUAUGACAAUAUUCUCAACUCAGGGAGUGACUUUAUUGAACUUGUCAAUGCACACAAAGAAGCUUUAUUGGAUAUAAAUUAUGUAGGGAAGUAUUUAGAGUCUGAUUUAUCGGAUGUCAACCGUGGAAGCCGGGGAGCUUUAAAAUUAAUUACCCAAGAGCAGGAAGAAGAAAAGGUAGAAGGAAACCAAAGGCAGCUUGUGGAAGAAGAAGAAAGAGAAAAAGGUAAAGUUGGGUCUUUGGCUUACUGGAAAUACCUUACAACUGCUUAUGGAGGGGCACUUGUCCCAUUAGUAUUAUUAGCGCAAGUUAUGUUUGAGCUACUUCAAAUCUCGGGCAAUUACUGGUUGACUUGGGCAUCUCCUGUAUCAGAAAGUAGUGCAGCUCGUGUUGUAGGCUCUAAAUUUAUUAUUGUUUAUGUGGCUUUUGGAAUUGCAUGCGCUUUCUGUGUUCUCGCAAGAUCAAUGUUUCUAAUGAAAGCUGGGUAUGAGACAGCCAACCUGCUAUUCUACAAAAUGCAUUUUUGUAUUUUUCGUGCCCCCAUGUCUUUCUUUGAUGCCAACCCCUCUGGACGAGUUCUAAAUAGAGUAUCCACAGACCAAAGUGCAGUAGACUUGACCAUACCAUAUAUACUUGGUCCAUUCGCCUUUGUGGUCAUACAACUUUUGGGGAUUAUUUUUGUUAUGUCACUUGGUGCUUGGCCGGUGUUCCUUUUUUUCUUUCCUGUUAUUGGAAUUUGCAUCUGGUUACAGCAAUAUUACCUACCUUCGGCUCGGGAGCUGGCACGACUAGUCGGAGUAUGUAAAGCUCCGGUCAUACAGCAUUUUUCUGAAACGAUAUCUGGAUCGACAACGAUUAGAAGCUUUGAUCAGAAAGAUAGAUUUGAAAACACAUGCUUAAACCUGAUUGACAGUUAUUCCAGGCCAAAGUUUCAUGUGGCUGGUGCAUUGGAUUGGCUGGGCUUACGCUUGGAUAUGCUGUCCUCUUUAAUUUUUGCUUUCCUUCUGAUUUUUCUAGUCUCCGUUCCUGAACGAAUCAUUAAUCCAAGUACUGCAGGCUUAGCAGUGACAUAUGGACUCAGUUUGAACAUGUUACAGGGUUGGGCAAUACAAAAGCUUUGCAAGUUGGAAAUACAAAUCAUUUCGGUUGAAAGAAUAUUUCAAUACAGCUCUAUCCCUAGUGAACCUCCUCUUGUUAUAGACUCAAAUAGACCUGGUCACUUUUGGCCUUCACAAGGAAAAGUUGAUAUCCGCCAUUUGCAGGUUCGAUACGCAGACUAUAUGCCACUUGUGUUGAGAGGUCUUACUUGCACUUUCAAUGGAGGUACUAAGACUGGAAUUGUAGGGAGAACCGGAAGUGGUAAAUCUACUCUUAUACAAACACUCUUCCGUAUUGUCGAACCUACUCGUGGGGAAAUUCUGAUAGACGGAAUCAGUAUAUCAUCCAUCGGAAUCCAUGAUUUACGAUCUAGAUUAAGCAUAAUUCCUCAGGAUCCAACCAUGUUCAAUGGAACUAUACGAAGCAACAUGGACCCACUUGAAGAAUAUACAGACGACCAAAUAUGGGAGGCUCUUGAUAAAUGCCAGAUCGGAGAUGAGGUUAGAAACAAGGAAGGCAAGCUUGAUUCAACAGUUACCGAAAAUGGAGAGAAUUGGAGUAUGGGUCAACGGCAACUGGUCUGUCUGGGCCGUGUACUACUCAAGAAAAGCAAGGUUGUGGUUCUUGAUGAAGCCACUGCAUCAGUUGAUACUGCAACGGAUAACAUGAUUCAAAAAACACUCAAGGAACACUUUCCUACCUGUACUGUCAUAACAAUAGCUCACCGAAUCACCUCUGUGGUUAAUAGCGAUAUGGUUCUAGUUUUAAGAAACGGUCUUAUUGAAGAAUAUGAUUCUCCGACAACAUUGUUAGAAGAUAAAUCAUCUUCCUUUUCCCAGCUGGUUGCAGAGUACAGCAUGAGGUCGAUCAUAUAGUUGUCAAUCAGCUGAUGCCAUGUAAUCGUUUUGAUCCCGGGUGCCUUGCAAAAAAGAAAAUGUAUGCUUGAUACAUAAUUCAGUUCAACUAUUAAAUGAGUAAUAAUAUUAGUCGAGGUUGUUAAGCUCAAGUUUACCACC